AUGCAUAAGCGAAAAUAUGAAAAAUUGGUUCGAUCUUUAUACAAUUCAUUGGCUAAUCAUGCUGGUACAAAUUCGGAAAUUGAUCGAUCAUUAUGUGAAGUUCUUUUACAAAUACUUGCAGAUUCUCUUGGAAUGAUUAAUAAAACACCGCAUGAUGCUUUCAGUCUUCAUGAAUCAGUAGUCAAAUUAAGUCCACAUCAAAUCAAACAAUCACUAGAACAAUUUUGGUCUCAAACACGAUCAACAUCGAAAACUCGCAUAACAUUAGAAGAAUUUCAAAAACUAGCUAUGCCCAUUUAUUUAAAGACUAUUAAAAAAAUUCCUUAA